CCCGCCUGUCCGACAGGAUAGCAUGAGUAGGAAUAAUCCGUCUGUUGUGAAAGGUCUGUUGCCCUGAGCGUGACUUUCUUGAUUGACUUCGAGUUUAUUGCGGCCUAUCGCGGAAGCUAGGACUGUUCGACUUGCCCAAUUCAAGACCGAGGCUUUUGCUGGGCCCCAACUAAAUAGUCAGAUGUUAUUCUCGCAAGCGGCCACUUUCUUUCUCGGCCAUCUAUUAUCCACCAGGGAGAGAAAGUCCAGCAGUCCGAGAGAGCAGUAGGUAAUGUCGAGGCCAUCCAAGCUGCACUGUGGACAGUUUCGUCCAACGAUCUUUUCUUUUUCCAUCGAUAGUUAACGGAGUCCUUGUGGAGCUGGGCUGCUGUCUCACAGCGGUCCAAAUCCGCGCAAAGCCUCAUUGAGGUCGCCAUAGCAGCAUAUAAGUCCCAAGACCUCAGUUCACCAGACGAGAGAUAGAACAAAAAGAGCCAUCCUCGAUCAGCCCAUCCAGAGCCUUUCUCUGCUCAUCGAGACUUUUAGUGCUGCUUCCACCCCGUGCAAUCAAGAUGAUCGCCCCUGUUGAGAAAAGCCUUGCGGAGGUCCACGUCCGAAUUUCACCGGAAGAACUAUCUUCCAACAAGAUAUCAAAACAGAACCUGGAAAAGGCCGUGGUGGCCCUUUCUGAAGAUGGAGUUGUCAUUUUGGAUGGUGCCGUCUCAGAAGAAAGCCUUGACUUCUUGAACUCGCGUAUGGUCGAAGAGGCAAAGGCUCUCCGCGAGGGCUCUUCAACAUGGUUCAAUUACAGCGACAAGGCUCAGAACAUCCUGCAACACAUGGUUCCAGAGCCCGAAUACCUCUUACCUGAUGUGCACGCCAAUCCCUUUGCCCUGGACGUGUGCAAGACCAUGAUGGGUCCCGAUCCAGUUCUCCGAUACCACAAAGCGAACACGAAUUUCCCUGGCGAGAGUCGGCAACCCGUCCACAGCGAUGUGCAUUAUGAGCACCCACGCGCAUGUUUCGCCCUAGCGGUCAACAUGGUUUUGAUUGACUGUUCUCCCGAGAACGGCUCCACCGAAUGCUGGCCCGGUACUCACAUCACCACGAAAUUCUCCGACCAGAAUGGCAUGAAGGGCAUCCACGAACACCUCUUGCACGAGAGAGUCAAGACUCAUGGCGCUCCCAUCCAGCCCACCGUCAAGAAGGGCGGGAUUAUCAUCCGUGAUAUGCGACUUUGGCACGCUGGCAUGCCGAAUCGAACCCCGGAUGAAGUGCGCGUCAUGCUCAACCUCAUCUACUUUGCCAACUGGUACCGAAGUCCCAUGACCAUCCUUUUCCCCAAAUCUGCCGAAUCGAAGGUGCGGGAACUGGAGCAGAUGGGCGGCAUGCAGAUUGCCGCCGAGUUUGUCGACGAACUUGAUCAUACGACCCUGAAGCAUACCCACGACUUCGGUCAGGAUGACAAGAGGGAAGAGUUUGGUCGUUGGCACCACAAAUUGGCAGAUACUUCAAAGUGACACCAUUGGGUGGGAAGUCUGGAUCGGGUUGGAGUUGAGCGUAGUCGUCAACUGUUCUAUCCAUGUACAUAACGGCCGGCGGUGCCUCUGGUUGCCACUGUUCCCCCAGUCAGAAAUUCUUAUAUAGUUGUGGUGACCAGAUCCACACUGCUCCCGAGCAUAUCGCGAUGACAUAAAUAAAAGCUGCUAUUGAACGCGGCAGUUGGUCCUUUGC